CUUAAUGUCCUGCUGAUUAUGUAAAUACUAAAAACCUUAAGAUUAUCGACGAAGUUUGUCUUUGGAAGCAAAAAAUAGCUAUGUUGCACAGAUGCAACAACGUGCACGACGGUGUUUUUUCUUCGUAGAGCAGACACAAUGGACCCCAAACGGUUUUACAGCCGUGGAAUUCCUUCCGACAGUGAGGACAGCGAGCUCUCCGGCAGUGACGAUGACUCUGAUUAUGUCCAACCCCCUGCAAAAUGUAGUGCCAGUUCAAGCGAGGCGAGUACAAGCUCUGACGAAGAGGAAGCUCCCGCAAGCCAACCAGCUGAUCAGUCAUCAACUCAAUCUAAGAGAAGAAUUAUCUGGAAGAAUGCAAGCCUGAUGCGGGAUCCUGAAACAGUGAAGUUCACUGGACAAAAUGAGCUUCCGCAGGAAGUUUCAGAGUUGGAAACACCUUUCCAAUACUUCAAGUUCAUCUUUCCAGGCGCUCUUAUUUCGCUUAUUGCAAAUGAGAGCAAUUUGUACUCAGUCCAGAAGGAUGCCAGUAAGCCCCUCUGCACCAGUGCCGAGGAGAUUGAAGUUUUUCUAGGCACCUGCAUGUGGAUGUCUAUAAUUCAGCUGAAGAACACUAGGUGGUACUGGAGUGAAGCUACCAGAGUAAGCCAAGUAGCUGACCACCUCACGGUGACACGCUUCGAACAGUUGAAGCACAACCUUCACUUUGUGGACAACAGCUCUCUCGGCCCAAGAGAUGAUCCUGAUAGAGACCGGCUUGCAAAGAUACGACCGCUCGUCGAUGCUGUAAAUGAACAGUUGUCGCUGAUACCGCUUGAAGAGCACUUGUCUGUGCAUGAACAGAUUAUACCUUUCAAAGGCGCAAGUGCACUGAAACAGUACUGUCCCCAGAAACCAAAAAAAUGGGGGUACAAAGUAUUUGUUCUCUCAGGAGUAAGUGGCUUCUCGUACAAGCUAGAACUGUGUACCUGGAAAAAGAAACCGUGCACUGCAUUGGUACAGUUUGGAUCAACCGAGUAA